AUGCCCUCUCUACUUCUCACAUCCCACAGUUUGAUUUCCGGCUCAUCGGCCCUACUCAUCUUACUAUGUCUCGCCUUUGUCUACCCGAUCUAUGCCUUCCUCAGCCCUUCUCAAUCGUUAAAGACCUCAUCCGCCGCCUUAUUUACACCAGACAAAACUAGUGCUGGGAAUAAAAAGAAGAGAUGGCUUUACGACUCAGUCAACCUGUUCCAGGAGGGGUAUCAGAAAUUCUACGGCAAACCAUUCAGAAUCUGGACCACGGAAGGAGAGCAGGUAGUCAUUCCCCCGGACUACGUGGAUGAAUUAAAGAUGCUUCCCGAUCAUACGUUUCCAUCUGCACUUCGUCAUUUCUUUUUGCAUAAGUAUCUAUGGCCAAUUGAGGUGUCUAAACUGGAUUAUGGACAUGUGGUUAUGAAGAAUGAUUUGAAUAAGAGCAUGGGCAGGAUAUUCCCCGAAAUGCGGGAUGAGGUCGAUACCGUAUUCCCUCUUGAGUUCCCGGAGAGCAAAGAUUGGCACGCCAUCCAGGUCUACCCCAAGAUCCUACGUCUCGUCAGUCGCGUCAACGGAAGGAUCUUCGUUGGAAACCCACUGCACCAGAAUGAGGAAUGGAUUAACAUAAGCUGCAACUAUACGAAGAACAUUUUUCUUUCGUCCGCGAAGCUCCGAUUCUUCCACCCUUGGCUCCGCCCUCUCGUUCAGUUCUUCAUCCCAGAGCUACGAACCGUAUGGAGCUGUAACAGCAAGGCCCAAGAGCUCUUAUCGCCAAUUCUGCGAGAACGGCAAAACAACGAGAGAAAGGCAGAUUAUAAAAAGCCAAACGAUUCAAUUGAGUGGCUAAGAGACCUGGUUCCCGAGCCAGACCGGAAUGACCCCCUCUUCCAUGUCAUCUCGCAGUUGGGUAUUGGCGCGGUGUCGUAUGUGAGCAUUCUCCAGGAGGAAAUAGAAUCCGUAUGUGGCGAAAAUGGAGGGCAGUUCACACUGGAAAGUACGGGGAAGUUAAAGAAGUUGGAUAGUUUCAUCAAGGAGACGUUGCGGUUUAAUGGCCAUCUGACAGCGACCUUUCAACGAAAGGCACUCCGUCCCAUCACCCUCUCGGAUGGCACCUCCAUCGCACCCGGCACUUUCACGCUGGCCCCAGCCAACGCCGUCAACUUUGACCACGCUAUAUAUCCUGAUGCAAACACAUUUGAUGGCCUGCGUUUCUACAAGCUCCGUCAGAGCUCGGUCGACGAGGAAAACAAGCACCAGUUGACGUCAAUUACCAAGACACAAUUGCAGUUUGGGAGUGGGCGACAUGCGUGUCCAGGGCGGUGGUUUGCCAGUCACCAGACCAAAUUAGUCUUGGCCAAGGUCAUUGAUGGGUUUGAGUUGAGGUUGAAAGGGGACCAGAGGCCGAAGGGAUUACUGUUUCAAACUAAUCAGCUACCUGAUCCGAAGACGGAGAUUCUAUUUCGUGCAAAGUAA